GCACCGUUGGGACUACAAUUGCUAUGAGACGUUGAGGAGGGGAGGGCUACGUUGGCCGGGAGGUGCCAUUUGGCGGGAAAGGAUGGCAGGAGGCGCUGCUGGGCAGCAGCAAAAGAUGCGGGAUUUUGUCUCCAGGCUUUUCCAGGGAAGCCCCGAUCUCAGCAUCCUCACUCAUGCCAUCAUUCGGAAGAAGUAUCUUGACCAUGUUGGGCUGGAGAAUCUAUCCAAACAGGAGAAGGAGCAGCUCAAACAACUGGUAGAGGAAGAACUGGUCCAGAUGAAGGUUGAUCAACUCCCAAGCAAUGUAGAAUUAAGGACUGAAACCCAGGAUUCCUUCAAAUCUGGAGACCGCAAAAGACCUCUUCAUAUCUCCCAUAGUUUGGAGGAUGAGAUUAAAAAUGAACAGGGGCAGAAAAGGCAAAAGAUUGAAAAGAAGUUAGAAGUCAGUUCUGAUGAAAAGGAUUCUGGGAUUGAUUCCAAGAAGAGGCCACGCCACGGGAGUCCAAAACUUCUCAGGAUGUUCUCGGAUUCUUCUGACCAAGAAGACUCCGGAGCUGGAAAUCACAGUGCUGAGUCUGAAAGCAAUGAGGAAACUACAAAGAGCAAAAGAAAAUCAUCCCUUCAGGAAGCAAGAGGGCGAAGCAGGAAAUCAACCAAGGGCCAGGGGAUCAGGGGCUCGCAGAAAAGGGAGGUGAGUGAAUCUGAGGAGACCACCACAGAUACGGGACAGAGUGACCUUGAAGAAGAGGUCAAAGAACACAGGAAGGUCACCAAAGGGAACAGCUUGAAGCAAAGAGACUUCAAGAAAAAGGUGAACAAAGGGUUUAAAGCUACUGAUCCCAAAAGCAAAGCAAAAAACAGGAUGAUGAAUAAGCAAAGAGAGGAAAGGAGCCUAUCAGAGGGAGGAACUGAUCUGUCAGCGGUAGAAGAAAUCUCUGAAAAGAAAAGAGAAUGGAGUGAGAGUGAGAGUGAAGAGAAGAAGUCAUUCAGUACUAAUAAAGCACAGCAGAGGAUGGGGCCUGGAACCCAGAAGGGUUCGAAGGGGGAUGAGAGUGAGGAUGCCUCAGGAAGUGGUCUUGAUCAAAAAUGUAAUUUGCAGAAGAAGAUGGCAGACAGCCAAUGCAGGAGGAAGGGUAGAGUUAUAGAUGAUUCGGGGAGCAGUUCUGAGGAUUCUGCAGGUCAAAGUCCAAUGAGGAAAGAGGGAGCAAAGAGGGCCAGGGGAGAAAGAGGGAGCCAGCAGACUGGAAAUCACUACAAACCCAAGAGACAGCCUAAAGAGAGAGGGGGGAGGAAGAAGUUGCAGAGGGAAGACCUGGGCAGGAAGAAACCGGAGGAAGUGAAGAAGAUGACGCAAAGGAUUCAGGAGACCACCAGUGAAGAACCUGAAAGUGAGUCAGGGGAGCAUAAGAGUGCAGAAGCAGAGAAGAAGUGUGUGCAGGAUCCCACUAGCAGUGAAGGGGAACCGCAAAGCGAGACGAAUCAAGACCAGCCUAGGAAAGCGGCUCUAAUAAGUCACCCGUCAGAAAGUGAGUCAGAUGAAAGCGAGGAUGGAGAUCCGAGGGCACUGGGAAAGGAGAGCAAGCAUGUCUCUGGGUCUGACUCAAGUCAAGGGGAGGAAAAGUUGAAGAAGAGAGCAGCUCAGAAGUCACAGAGAAAGAGCAUCGGUAAAGAAAUCUCCGUGCUUGGUUCUGAGGAUCUGGGAAGUGAGUUUAAGGGAAAGAAAAAAUUCCAAAACCAGCAGCAGAGAAGAACGAAAAAGCUCCAAAGGAGGAGUGCUACCAAGGAGAAACAAGAGGAGGAAUCCAGCCAGGAAGAGGACUCCAGCUCAGAAGAGGACGAGCCCACCACUUCUCAGCAGCACCAUCUUGGAAAGGAUAAGAAGCAUCAUUCUGGAAAGAAAGAGGAACAUCCCUCCGUCCAACGUCUGAAACGCUAUAUCCGGGAAUGUGGUGUGCGUCGGAAUUACAUAAAGCUCCUGGCAGGUUGCCACUCCCGCAAAGCUCAGAUAGUGGUUCUCAAAGAAGAGCUGGAAAGUCUUGGCAUAAAAGGAACUCCAUCUCUAGCCAAGUGCAAAGCACUAAAGCAGAAGCGGGAAGAGGCAGCCGAAGUGGCUUCUCUUGAUAUCAACAAUAUUAUUGCUACAGAAGGCCGUCCAAAGCGUCGCAAAGUCUGGAGCCUUUACAAUAAGCCCCAGGAGUCACCCAGUUCGCCAGAGGAGCCGAUCGUUCGCCGUCACACGACAGACUGGUCCCAACUUCGAGGAGUGAUCAGUUCAGACGGGGAAAGCGGUUGACUGAGGUGGAGGAGAGGCCGGCAUUUAUUGAUUUCAUUGAUCUUCUUUGGGGAGGAAAAAGGGGUUUAGUUAAUCAAACAGCGACGAGGGAACAUCUUCUAUGCUUAAUCUUUUUUUCCCCUUCUUCUGCUCAGAAUGCAAAGAAAAUAAAUUCCUGAUACAUUAUCCUUAUUUUUUAUUAUUAUUAUUGCAUUUUCCCUGGGCAAAGGAACAGAAGUACCUCAGUUGAAAGCAAAUUUUCUGAAAAUGGACACAGAAGGAAAUCCGUUUUUUUUUUUUUUUUUUUCCCUUUUAACAAGUUUUGUCAACGUUGCCAUUACAUCAUUUUUGAACUGUCUACAUUGUGACCGCUUUCCUCAAGCAUAGACUUUCCUCAGUGGGAAUAUAAAAAGCUGUGGUUUGAAUUGGGACUCGUUUCAUUUUCAUUCCAUGUAAAAAUGUAGAGUAUCACUUCCUUAAUACAUUUAUGAGGCAUUCCUCCCGUUUUCUGAAUCUUUUUCUGGGCUAGAUUUCAUGUGCCCAUUGUUAUGGGAUCUGAGUGACUAUCUCUGAACAUGUGACUUUUUUAACAUUUUAUGAAAACAAAGGUAUAUUUGUUAAAUAAAAUAUGUUUUGGACUUUAA